AUGAGAGGUUUCGAUACGAGGAUCUGUGCCCUGGUGGCCUGUCUUCUGCUGGCAUCGCAGGCCAGCGGCUAUUCGAUGGAGCAGAUGUGUGCCCAAUGGUCGGGCACUGGAUAUGUGGGUAAUCCAACCAACUGCCGCGGCUGGGGCUACUGCCAGGGCCAGGAGCUGGUCGCUUGGGGCACCUGUCCCGACAACUAUAUCUUCAACUCGCAGAAGGGUUCCUGCGGAUUCGCCAAGAACACGGUCUGUGCCACCAGCGCUGUUCAGACAUGCUCGUCGGCCGCCUCGCCCAUGUAUGUGGCCGAUCCGACCAACUGCACCCAGUAUGGAUACUGUGACGGCAAGGGCUCCAUCGCCUAUGGCAAUUGCGGCGUCGGCGGCGUCUACUCCGCCGCCAUCGGCAAGUGCGUGUGGGGACCGACCUGCCCCCAGAGCACCCUCUGCCAGUUCAUGUUGUCGGACAUCUAUGUGGGCGAUCCGGAUAACUGUGGCUCCUAUCUGAGCUGCAGCAAUGGCUACGGCACCCCGGGAACUUGUGAAACCGGCCUUACCUAUAACUUGGUCACCGGCAAUUGUCAGAAGACAAACACAUGCAGCGGAAGUGGUAGCGAUAGUGGUAGCUCCAACGGACAGUUCACUAUUGGCCAAACAGAUGCCAAAAUCUGUUCAACCGGAUUUGCCAAGGCACCUACAGUAACUGGCCAGACCUAUAGGUUCGUUAGCGACAUGACCACCUGCUAUGGCUUCUACUACUGUGCAUCGGAUACCGCAGUUGGCACCUGGAACCAGUGUCAAGUCGGCACCCACUUUAAUCCUACUUUGGGCGAGUGCGUGUCGCCAGCUUCUUACGCUUGUCCCUACAACCGAUGCGGCAACGUUAAAUCCCAGUUCAUGACCACCUUGGGUACAUCCUGCAAGGGCUACAUGGUGUGCUCCAGCGGCGCCGACCUCAACUGCCCCACCACCAGUCCUUACUACAACGAGGUCUACAACAUUUGCUCCACCGAGAGUCCUGCAUUCGCCGUUUGCACAUCUUCCUAA